UAAUAUAAAAAUUAUAUAGUUGAGAUCUACAAGCUCUACCGAUUCAGAAUGUGUGUUUUGGUUCUGACUUUAAACAUGGCGAAACAGCCUAGUAAACACCAUUAAUUAAUUGAAAAAGAAUUCUUACUCUUAAAUUUAAAAUCCCUCAUUUUUCUUUUUUGGGUUAUGAAAAACACCCUAUUUUAUAUUUAAGACUUGAGCGCAUAGCGCAUAGUAGUAACGAAAUCAAAUAUUCAUAUGUGCUCUUAAAUGAUCGUUGCGAUUGCUUCAAUAUAUUAUUAAACAUUUCUUAUGUAUACACUUAUACACACUCAUAAAUGCUUACACUUACUCAUAAACUUGCCAAGAAGAACAACAUACUUACUCAUAAAUAAACGUAUACACUUACUCAUACAUGCACAUACGUAUAUGUGUACACAUAUACGAAGGUUUUUGUGAAACCGCGUCGGAAGAUCUCAUCGGAGAACGUAUAUAGUACGUUCAGUUUUGUUUAGGUGCUCAAAAUGCAAUCCCUUGUUUAUAUUUUGUGAAUCUCAACUGUCGAGAAAUUUUUUGUAAAACUUAUAUUUAAAUCUAAUCUUAAUCAUAAUUUUGAGAAAUCUUGGAAAAAAAUAAGCAAAACUUCAACAAAUAGCUUACGAAAAUAGCUGAAGACACUUUAAAUGAAUAAAGUUAUACAAAUUUUGUUCAAGGCAUCAGUGUACUUCAUUCCAAAGAGAAUCGUAGAAACAGGAGUUUCUUUAUAUGUUUGGUACUGUGGAAGUUUUAUGAAGUUCUAUGAUAUCGAACCAGAAGUGCACACAGAGAGCCCAUUCGUCAGAACAGUUGUGACUACGGACUGAAAUUUUCAGUGAAAGUAAAAAAAAAGAUCUGUGGCGGAGAUCCAGAAACUCAUUAUUGUAUAUUAUUCGCUAUUAUGCUAUUGCAUAAAUAUACUAUUAAGUUGUGCACAAUCAGAGUUGUGAACUGAUUCGCGCUUCAAACGGAAAUUAGAUAAUAUACAAAAAGUGAAUUUGCACAAACAAUGUAAUGUCAUGUACGAUUUCAUUACAGAUUCGAAAAUGAAUUGCGGAUACGAUUAUAAUACUCGGAUCUUUUCCCCUGAACGUUCUCAAUCCAUGACAAUAUUGUCACCCCAUAAAGGGCAACCUAGAAUGACUCAUUUGGAAUCUCUGGAAGCUAAGAUGGCCAAUAUUGAAGUGUCAUUGAGUAGCACAAACACACCACGGCGACGAAAAGGUACAUCAUUGGGAGGUGUUACUACUACGCCAUCUCUUAUUGUUGACACCACCAACAUCAAUUCGAAUUCUAAACAAGAGCAUCAUUCAGCAUUUCAAGAACGUGAUUCAAUUAUCCAAAGCUUACGAGUGCAACUCGGCCUCGGAAAAUUACCACGUCCAGGACUACCAUUAGAUGAAAGUGAAGUGUCAAAAGCCGAACAAGAAUUGCAAAAACUAAGGAAUAACGCCGAUAAAAAACGAACUGUAAUAAGAAAUUUGAAAACAGUUUUGGAAGACCUAGACAUUCAAGACAACAAUAUUGACGUUCGAAUUCGGCAAGCAGAAAUUGAAUAUGCUUUGGGACGCGAGGAGUUGCAAUUAUUAUCUUUGGUGGAGGAAAUUCGUGCACUUCAAUUCCGCCUUGAUAAAACUGUGAAAUCUGACACAGAAAACCUUCAAACAUCGCUAUAUUUUCAGCUUAAAAAUGGAUUGAACAUGUAAUUAUCACUUUUCCGUACACAUAGUAUUAAGGAAUAGUAUAGGAAUUGGCCCCAAAACAUCGCAAAAUUAGCUUAGAUCAUCAUAAAAACGCGAAGAAAGUUUUUGAGACCCUUUUCCGUUCGUGUUCCGUUGUUGUCGUCAUUAUCGUUGUCGUCGUUGGUUUCUGUUCGUUCUUGUUUGUUAACACGAUAACUCAAAAAAAUAAUUGAGAUAAUCAAAAUCUGGAAAUUCCAGAAGUUUUGUAUCCGAAAAACUUAGUUUAAGUUUGAAGAUGAGCCAUUUUCGAUUUGACCGUGUGAUACUUGCUCCAAGAAAAACUUCCGAAAAAUGACAAUUUUGUAUGGGGGUAACCUCGAAAAUGCAUUUUUCGGGAUUUUCAUUAAGAGAAACUGCAAUAAUAAUAAUAACAAUAAUAAUAAUAUACAAGAGAAUUAUGAUUGGCGUAACAUGACACGUGACGUAGCUAAAUUUGCAAGAAAUUGUAAAGAAUGCAAAUUGGCUAAACCAGAACAAAAAACUAGACAGCCACUGAUACUGACGAAAACACCAUGCAAACCCUUCGAUAUCGUACAAACAGAUACGAUCGGACCAAUGACAAAAUCGAAUCAGGGAAACAUCUAUGCGAUUACUCUGAUUGACGAAAUGUCAAAAUGGUUAACGAUAAUUCCAGUUCAGAAUAAAACAGCUAAGGAAGUUGCAAAAGCAAUCUUCGAAAAAUUUGUCCUGAUAUACGGCCCAAUGAAACAAUUAAAGAGUGAUUUGGGCACUGAAUACAAAAAUUCUCUCAUUGAAGAACUAUGCAAACUGUUAAACAUCGAACAAAAGACAUCUACAGCUUAUCAUCAAGAAACUGUAGGUCAAAUUGAAUGCAGUCACAGAGUUUUAAAUGAGUAUUUACGAGUAUGAUUUCUACAUUUUUGUAAGAAAACUUCAUUUCGACUUCAUUUUUGAUCUUCUAUCUUGCUGAGAAUAAUUUUCACUAAAAAAAGGAGUAAUCUAAAAAAAUGGAGUCAAUUCACAGAACCAUUUCCCUGCCUUUACAACAAAAUUGGUGAAAAAAUGACCUGAAUAUUUUAAAAUUAAACCUGAAAACUUUGUUCAAUAUGAAUUUAAAGUUUUUUUUCGAUACUUUCUUAACCCUUUGAUGCACAAUUUUUUGUUUUUGAAUCAUUUUGAUAUAUGUUUUGUGCCAUGAUAAAUAGAGAAAGACUUCAUACUUAGAUUUUUGAAAAAUUGCGUAUUUGUCGAGAAAAUCGAAAAAGAGUCAAAAGUGUCAAAUCACUACAAAAGCUUGAAAAAAUUAAAUUUCAUAAAACUAAUGAUGCAGAAAGUUAAAUUGAUGUGUUUUGGUCCUACGAGACCUAAUUUGACAAUUGAAAAGAAUGAACAAACCCACAAGAUAAGAGGAGGAAAAAUGUGGAAUUCUGCUAUAAUUUCGCAAUUUUUUUACAGCAGUACAUGAACAGAAAAAACUUUCCAUUCAGCCAGCCAAUUGUAGCAUGUAAAGUAUCAAAUGAAAGCUAAUUCAAUUCCCUACAUUUGUUUCCAAACGAGAAUGCAAAUAUAUUCAGUGGUUUCAUAGCUAUAGCGUCUGGCGUAUCUGGUUACUUUAGGAACCGAUAUGUGAUAAAGGGUUAAGUUCAUUGGAGUGCUAAAAACUGAAGAGUUGGAUUCAAAUAUUUUGACAAAACGACAUUAAUAUGUAUAUUUCGAUUAAUAUUGUGUAUAUUACUUUUCCGUAGACACCGUGUCAAGGGAAAGUAUAGGAAUUGGUCCCGAAAACUUAUUUCGCAAAAUUGGUUUAGAUCAUCAUAAAAACUCAUGAAACGCGUAGAAAACACAUUUCUGAGACACUUUUCAAAGACAAUAAUUAAAAUAAUCAAAAUCUGGAAAUGCCAAAAGUUUUGUAUCCAAAAAACUUAGUUCAAGUUCGAAGAUGAGCCAUUUCCGAUUUGAUCCUGGGGUACUUGCCCUAAGAAAAACCUUGGAAAAUUGAUACUUUUGUAUGGGAGGUACCCGUAAAUCGACUACGAUUGGCUUCAAACUUUCUAGGGUUUCAUUUUGUGGGAGAAAAAUAGGAUUCUGAAAGUUUGAAGCUAAGAGUAGAUUUCGGGGGUACCUCCCAUACAAAAUUUUGACUGAAAUUACUGAUUUUUCAACAAUUUUGUAUUGACGAAAUUGAGGGCCAAAAACCAAACUUCUGCAAAUGCGCUCAACAUGAAACUUUCAGAAUCUUAUUUUUUCUCCAAAAAAUGUAACCUCAGAAGUUUGAAGCCAAUCGGAAUCGAUUUACGAGACCUCCAAUACAAAAUUGUCAAAGUUCUGAGUAAAGUGACCGAUUUUUCAGGAAUAUUAAAAAAA